GGGAAGAGAGAAAGGGGAAGAGAGAAAGAGCAAGAGAGAAAGGGGAAGAGAGAAAGGGAGAAGAAAAGCGAAAAGCCAGAAACCGAGAUCCCAGAGGGCCCGGGGAGAACGGAGCCAGACUUUAGAACCCCCAAAGCCAGGGCCCAGACCCAAAAGCCAGACCGCCCAAACGAGAGCCCGACCCGAGAGCCCAGAGCCAGACCGAGAUCGAGAGCCAGACCGAGAUCGAGAGCCAGACCGAGAGCGAGAGCCAGACCGAGAACGAGAGCCAGACCGAGAGCAAGAGCCAGACCGAGAGCCAGACCGAGAGCGAGAGCCAGACCGAGAGCAAGAGCCAGACCGAGAGCGAGAGCCAGGGCCGAGGAAAGAGCCAGGGCCGCCCAGCGAGAGCCAAGGGCCCAGAGCGGAGGGCCCGGGCCGAGAGCCAGACCCAGAAGCGAGAGCCAAAACCGAAAAGGAGAGCCAAAACCCAGAGCAAAAGCCAAACCCAGAGCCAGGGCCCAGAGCCCAAACCCGGGCCGAAAAGCCAGACCGGAUCGAGAGCCAGACCCAGAGCCAAAAGCCAGACCGAGAAAAAAAAACCAGACCAGAGCGAAAAGCCAGACCCAGAGCAAGAGGGCCCGAAUGGGGAGCGAGAGCCCAGACCGAGAGGGAGAAACCAGGGGCCGAGGGGCCAGGGCCGAGAGCGAGAAGGGCCCGACCAGACAAGAAACCAGACCCAGAUCGAGAGCCAGACCGGGGACGAGAGCCAGACCCAGGGGGGAGAGCCAGGGCCCAGAGCGAGAGCCCGGGCCGAGAGCAAAAGCCAGACCGAUAGCCAGGGCCCAGAGCCAGGGCCGAGACCCAGAGCCAGGGCCGGGGAAAACCCGACCGAGACCGAAAAAGCCAACCGAGAGCGAGAGCCAGACCGAGAACCAGACCGAGAGCAAGAGCCAGACCGAGAGCCCGGGCCCGAGACCGGAAAACCCGACCGAGAGCCAAAAGCCAGAAACCCAGAGCCAGGGCCGAGAUCGAGAAAGGGGCCCGACCCAAAAGGGCCCGGGGCCGAGGAAACCCAGAGCCCGGGCCGAGGGCAAGAGCCAGGGGCCGAGAUCGAAGCCAAGGGCCCCAGAGCCGACCGAGACCGAGGGCCAGAACCCAGAGCGAGAGCCAGACCCCAGAAACGAGGGGCCAAAACCGAGACGAGAGCCCCGGGCCCAGGCCCGAGAGCCAGGGCCGAGAGCCAGGGCCCAGAGCGGAGCCAGACCCAGAGCGAGAGCCAGACCGAGAGCAAGAGCCAAAACCCAUAGCCAGACCGAGAGCCAGACCCAGGGAAAACCCAGAGCCCAAAAACCGAGGGCCAGACCGAGACCCAGAGCCAGAACCCAGAGCGAGAGGGCCGGGCCCAGAAAACCCAAACCCAGAGCAAGAGCCAGACCGAGAGCCAGACCGAGGGGAGAAACCAGACCCAGGCAAGAGCCAGAGAGAUCGAGAAACCACCCGGGGGGCCAGCCCAGACCGAGAGCCAGCCCAGAGGAGAGCAGACCGAGGCGAGAGCCAGACCCAGACGAGAGCCCCCGACCGAGACCCAGAGCCAGGGGGGAGAGCCAAAACCCCGGGGGCGAGGGGCCGGGCGAGAGCGAGAGCCAGACCCAGAGAAGGGGCCAGGGCCCAGAGCCCGGCCCCCGAGGAGAGCCAGGGGCCGAGAGCAAAAGCCAGAACCCAGACGAGAGCCAGACCGGAAACCCGACGAGAGCGGAGUCAGACCCAGGGAGAAACCCGGGCCCAGGGUCGAGAGCCAGACCGAGAGCCAGACCGAGAGCAAGAGCCAGACCGAGAGCGAGAGCCAGACCGAGAGUCGAGAGCCAGAGCCCAGAGCAAGAGCCAAAACCGAGAAACAAAGGGGCCAGACCGAGAGCCCGGAAACCCAGACCCAGAGCCAGAAACCCAGAGCCCAGGGCCGAGGGCGAGAGCCAAGACCGAGAGCGGGGAAACCCCGGGCGAGAGCCAGACCGAGAGCGAGAAGGGCCCGACCGAGAGGAGAGCCAGAAACCCAAGGGUCGAGAGCCAGACCGGGGAGAAGAGCCAGACCGGAGCCAGACCCCAGGAAAAGACCGAGAGCCCGACCGAGACCCAGAGCCAGAGGAGAGCCAGGGCGAGAGCGAGAAACCCCCGACCGAGAGCCAGGGCCGAAGGGCCGAAGGGGGGGGGAGAGCCAAAACCAGCCCCACGCAACAAAAACAAAACAAAAACAACAGAAAAAAAAAAAGCAAAAAAAAAACAAAAAAAAAACAACCCAAAAAACCGUAA